CGCGUGCUCUGUGCAGACACAGGUUCUUUCCCUGCCUCGGCCCUGACGCCCCAGCUAGGAGAUUGGAAGGUUAACCAGGCCUGGAGAGGAGUGCUGCAUGGUCCCAUCGUCCUGUUGGUGUGUGACCUGUUGUGUGCAGAGUCCACAGUUUCCCAUCAUCCAUCCCUAAAUUCCUCUUCUUCAUCAUACUGCACGGUGCAUCCUCCUCUCCUCUGCUGUCUCUGUUUUUCUUUCCCUCUCAUCAUUCCAUACAUUUACUGUCUCCUCGUCGCCCAACUUGUUCCAUGACACCUGGCCUUUCACCAUGGCGUACAAAUCACGCUUUUCAUUCUGGGAGCAAAAGGUUAAAGUUGAGAAGCCAGAUUCUGAUGUAGAUAGUACUCCGCCUCAGGCAGUCCCUACACCUGGGCCAGACACAGGAAGUGGUCCAAAGUUAACAGCAUCAGAAGAGUCCAACAGUAACGGUGCCAUGGGCGGCCCGGACAAUCCGAAGGAGGAUCAGAGCGGCAAAAAGGUGGUGAGGGUUGUGAGAAGAGUUGUUAGACGUGUGGUUCCUGCUAGUACGGAGGAGACCACUCCAUCUGCUGUUUCUGAGCCUGUGAGAGCCACCUCUGCUGCAGAGUCAGGACUCAGAACAACCAGAACUGUAAGAGAAGACAAGGAUGACAUCUCCAUGGGUUUGGCUAGUUUAAUGGGCAGAGGAAGAACCAAAGAACACCGGCCUCGAACACGCAACCUGGACCGUAAAGAGGACACAAAAGAAGAGACAAAGCAGGAAGAGGAGAGAGGAAAUGUGGAGGACGAGGAGGAAAAAUCCACAGAAGAGGCUGUUCCUACGACCACACAGCCAAAGGCAAACCCCCUUACUCCUCCGAUUGGGUUUCUACCCUCUUACAAACCUGACCCUUUAGCCCCCCCUGCUGGCUUCAUCCCUGUACCCAAACCUGACCCUUUAGCUCCACCUGCUGGCUUCAUCCCUGCGCCAAAACCGGACCCUUUAGCCCCACCCACUGGCUUCAUCCCUGCGCCCAAACAGAACCUCCUGACUCCUCCAGCUGGUUUCAUCCCUGCCAGAAAACCCAGCCCUGUGCCCCCAAAACAGGAUCCUCUGGCAAGACCUCCAGGAUUUGUUCCCAUCAUAAAGACGGACCCCUUGGCUCCCCCUGCAGGCUUUAUCCCAAAGCCUCGUCAGGUCCCUGUGAAGAAACCAGAGGUGAAGGAGUCAUCUUGUCCCUCUGCGCUCCCCAAUGGUAAACCAUCCCCUGGUUUUCUGUCUCAGGCUCAGACUUCACCCACUGAACAGGUCCCUGAGCUGGCCCCCACUGAGGAGGAUUACAAGCGUGUGAGCAGGAUCUUCACCGUGGAUAGCAGUGAUCGUGCCAGAGGCCCCAAAUCCUCUCAGUCCAAGCCUGUCGAGGACCCUGUGGCCAUCCUUCAGGCAGCACACUCAGCUGCAUCUAAGGGAAAGACUGAAGAGCAGAUAACGGCAGAGAAAGUCUGGUACAACACAGAGAAAGUAUGGCUUGUUCACAAAGAUGGAUUCUCAUUGGCAACCCUCCUGAAGACACAGGCAGGCAGUCUGCCAGAGGGGAAGGUGAAAAUCCGCCUGGAGAGUGAUGGAUCUUUAUUGGAUGUGGAUGAAGAUGAUGUAGAGAAGGCAAACCCUCCAAUGUUUGACCGCGUGGAGGACCUGGCCUCCCUGCAGUAUUUGAAUGAGUCGAGCGUGAUGCACUCCCUUCGGCAACGCUACGGCGGUAACCUGGUGCACACCCACAGUGGGCCCAACAUGGUGGUUAUUAACCCCAUUAGUGCCCCCUCCAUGUACUCUGAGAAGGUGAUGCAAAUGUUCAAAGGCUGCAGAAGGGAGGACGCCGCCCCGCACGUUUAUGGCAUGGCCCAGUCCGCUUACAGGAACCUCCUCACCACUCGACAGGAUCAGUCCAUCGUCCUGCUGGGCAAGAGUGGAAGUGGCAAGACUACCAACUGUCAACACAUCAUCCAAUACCUGGUCACCAUCGCUGGCAGCACCAACAAAUCAUUCUCAACAGAGAAAUGGCAGGCGGUCUACACGGUUUUGGAGGCCUUUGGGAAUGCCUCUACAUGUAUGAAUGGGAAUGCUAGUCGCUUCUCCCAUAUUGUUUCUCUGGAUUUUGACCAAGCAGGUCAGGUGACAUCAGCCUCCAUUCAGACAAUGCUUCUGGAGAAGAUUAGGGUGACGAGAAGACCAGAAGGAGAGUCAACCUUUAAUGUCUUUUACUACCUGAUGGCUGGAGUUGACAGCUCAUUAAGAACUGAGCUGCACCUUAACCACUUUGCUGAGAACCAUGCAUUUGGAGUCAUGCCUCAGACUAAGGCUGAGGAUAAGCAGCGAGCUUCGCAGCAGUUUUCCAAGCUGCAGGCAGCCAUGAGGGUUCUGGGGAUAAGUGUUGAUGAGCAGAGGGCCUUCUGGCUUGUAUUGGGAGCCAUCUACCAUCUGGGGGCCGCGGGAGCUACUAAGGCUGGCAGGAAACAAUUUGCACGUCAUGAGUGGGCCCAGAAGGCUGCCUACCUGCUGGGCUGCACCCUGGAGGAGCUCUCCUCCUCCAUCUUCAAGCACCAGGCCAAGGGCACCCUGCCCAGAGCCGGCACGGCGCGCCAGGCUUCUGACGAAAACGGCACAGCAGAUGCAGGAGCAAAGGCUACAGCGAUGGAGGGUUUGGAGGCCAUGGCAACUGGGCUUUACUCUGAACUCUUCACCAUCCUUAUUUCUUUAAUAAACCGGGCCUUGAAAUCCAGCCAGCACUCCCUGUGCUCGCUGCUCAUCGUGGACACACCAGGCUUUCAAAACCCACGGCUGGCUAAGCGUGAGUGCGGUGCGACCUUUGAGGACCUGUGCCAUAACUACACUCAAGAACGCCUGCAUGCCCUCUUCUAUCAGCGUACCUUCGUGCAGGAGCUGGAGAGAUACAAAGAGGAGACCAUCGAGCUCGCUUUAGAUGACACAGAGCCCAGCACUUCUCUGUCUAUAGCAGUGGUAGACCAAGCUUCGAGCCAAGCUCUGGUGCGAACAGUGCGAACGGACGAGGCUCGGGGCCUGUUGUGGCUGAUGGAGGAGGAGGCGCUGCAGCCUGGAGGCUCAGAGGAGACCCUGUUGGGACGUCUCUUUAGCUACUACGGGCCUGCUGAGGGCGAGAGCAAAGGUCACACUUUCCUCUUGAAGAGUGAAAAGGAUAACCACUUUCUCCUGGGCCACGGUCAUGGGACUGACUGGGUGGAGUACAAUGUCGAUGGGUGGCUGAACUACGCCAAGCAGAAUCCUGCAACCACCAAUGCUGCAUUCCUCCUGCAGGACUCCCAGAAGAAGAUCAUCAGCUCACUGUUCAUGAGCAGAGCGGGCGGAGCCACAGUCCUCUCUGGCUCUAUUGCAGGUCUCGAAGGGGUUUCCCAGCUGUCCUUGCGGCGGGCCACAAGCAUGAGAAAGACCUUCACCACGGGGGUGGCUGCUAUCAAGAAGAAGUCUGUGUGCAUCCAGAUCAAGCUGCAAGUGGACGCUCUCCUUGAUAUGGUGCGGAGGUCCAGGAUUCACUUUGUUCACUGUAUAUUGCCUAAGGCAGACGCCCUCAAGGCUCUGAGUGGAUCCCUGUUCAAAGCGGGGGAAUGUGAGGCACAGGGGGAGAGUGGAGAUCCCGGCUUAAUGCAGCUGGAUGUAGCCUUGCUCCGUGCUCAGCUAAGGGGCUCAAAGCUGCUCGAUGCUCUCCGGAUCUACAGGCAAGGUUACCCAGAUCAUAUGGUGUUCUCUGAGUUUCGGCGUCGCUUUGAUGUGCUGGCACCUCACCUCACCAAGAAGCAUGGGAGGAAUUACAUCGUGAAGGACGAGAAGAGAGCUGUGGAGGAGCUACUGGAGUCCUUGGAUUUGGAGAAGAGCAGCUACCACAUGGGUCUGAGUAGGUUGUUCUUCAGAGCUGGCACCUUGGCUAAGCUGGAGGAGCAGAGGGAUGAGCAGACCAAACGUAACCUGACCCUGUUCCAAGCGGCCUGCAGAGGCUACCUGGCACGGCAAGCCUUCAAGAAGAGAAAGAUUCAGGAUCUCGCUAUCCGCUGCAUCCAGAAAAACAUCAAGAAGAACCGUGGCGUGAAAGACUGGCCAUGGUGGAAGCUCUUCACCACAGUCCAGCCCCUCAUAAAGGUCCAACUCAGCGAGGAGCAGAUGCGAAACAAAGAUGAGGAGAUCCAGCAGCAGAAAUUGAAGCUAGAGAGGGUGGAAAAAGAGCGAAAUGAGCUGAGACUGAACACUGAUCGAUUGGAGAGCAGGAUUGCAGACUUGCUGGCAGAGCUGGCCGAUGAGAGAAGCACGAGUGAGUCAGCGUCCCAGCUGCUCGAGACAGAGACUUCAGAGAGGCUCCGCCUGGAGAAGGACAUGAAGGACCUUCAGGCUAAGUUUGAUGCCAUGAAGAAGCAGCUGGAGUCCCAGGAGAUGGAGGUGAUGGAGGCUCGGCUCAUGAAAACAUCUGAGCUCAAUGGAGAGAUGGAUGAUGAUGACAGCGACACUGGAGGCGAGUGGCGGAUAAAAUACAACCGAGCCAUUCGUGAAAUGGACUUCACAAAAAAGAAACUCCAGCAGGAGUUUGAUGACAAGCUGGAGACAGAGCAGCAGAGCAAAAGACAUCUGGAGAGAAGGCUGGCUGACUUGCAGACAGAUAAUGAGGAUGUGCAGCGCUCUGUGCAGCAGCUGAAGAAGAAGUGCCAGAAACUGACGGCAGAGCUGCAGGACACCAAGCUGCACCUGGAGGGCCUGCAGAGCCGCAACCAUGACUUGGAGAAGAAGCAGAGGAAAUUUGACCUGGAGCAGAACCAGAGUCAGGCGGAGGUACAAAGAGAAAGAAGCCAGAGGGAGAAGCUGGCUCGAGAGAAAGACAUAAUGACCGGUGAAAUCUUUAACCUCCGCCAGCAGCUUCAGGACAAGGACAGUGAAUUGUGUGGCGUGAAUAUGAAGGUGCAGCAGCUGGAGGCAGAGCUACAGGAUCUGUCGUCCCAGGAGUCGAAGGAUGAAGCCUCGCUGGCCAAGAUCAAGAAGCAGCUCCGCGACCUGGAGGCCAAGGUGAAAGACCAGGAGGAGGAGCUGGAUGAACAGGCUGGAACCAUACAGAUGCUGGAACAGGCUAAGCUACGGCUUGAGAUGGAGAUGGAGAGGCAGCGGCAGACCCACUCUAAAGAGAUUGAGAGCAAGGAUGAAGAAGUGGAGGAGAUUAGGCGAUCCUGUAGUAAGAAGCUGAAACAGAUGGAGGUGCAGCUGGAGGAGGAGUAUGAAGACAAGCAGAAAGUGUUGCGUGAAAGGAGAGAGCUGGAGUCCAAACUGCUGAAUGCCCAGGACCAGGUGGGCCAGAGAGAUAUGGAGACAGAGAAGAGGUUGAAGAAGGACCUGAAGAGGACCAAAGUCCUUCUGGCAGAUGCACAAAUUAUGCUGGACCACCUGAAGAGCAACGCCCCCAGCAAAAGGGAGAUCGCCCAGCUCAAAAAUCAACUGGAAGAGUCCGAGUUUACCUCUGCCGCUGCAGUCAAGGCUCGAAAGAGCAUGGAGGUGGAGAUAGAGGACUUGCAUAUCCAAAUGGAGGAUGUGGCCAAAGCUAAGAUAUCACUGGAGGAGCAGGUCAGUCGUCUGCAGAGGGAGAAGAAUGACCUGCAGUCUCGUAUGGAGGAGGAUCAGGAGGACAUGAAUGAGCUGAUGAAGAAGCACAAAGCGGCAGUUGCCCAGUCUGCCAGGGACUUGAGCCAGAUCAGUGACCUGCAGGCCCAGCUGGAAGAGGCCACAAAGGAGAAGCAGGAGAUCCAAGAAAAGGUUCACUCUCUUCAGAGCCAGCUUGAAUUCAUGGAACAGUCCAUGGUGGAAAAGUCUCUUGUGUGCCGUCAGGAGGCAAAGAUCCGCGAGCUGGAGACUAAGCUGGAGUACGAGAGGACACAGAUCAAACGAUUGGAGAGCUUGGUGGGCCGUCUGAAGGAGAACCUGGAGAAGAUGACAGAGGAGAGAAACCAACGCAUCGCAGCAGAAAACAGAGAGAAGGAGCAGAACAAGAGAAUGCAGAGGCAGAUAAGAGACAUGAAGGAAGAGUCAGCAGAGCUGUCCAAGAAGGAGGCCGAGGCCAGCCGGAAGAAGCAUGAACUAGAAAUGGACAUUGAGAGCUUAGAGGCAGCAAACCAGAGCUUACAAGUGGACCUCAAGUUGGCCUUCAAGAGGAUAGGAGACCUGCAGGCUGCUAUAGAGGACGAGAUGGAGAGUGAUGACAAUGAUGACUUAGUCAACAGUUUGCAAGACAUGGUGACAAAAUAUCAGAAACGAAAGAACAAAAUCGGAGAUGACACAGAAACAGACUCAGAGGUGGAGGACCGUGUGGAUGGAGUAAAGUCUUGGCUCUCAAAGAACAAAGGCUCCACAAAGACCACGUCUGAUGAAAGCAGUCUAAAGAGCACCAGCCCUCCUGUGUGCGGUAAACAGCCUGGUCUUGGCAGAUCGGAUGAAGAGGAUGAGGCGGAGAGAGACUCCAGCAGGCAGUCGCUGAGGCAGAGCGACGGCGAAGGUGCGCUGGUGGAGAGUGCAUCGUAACCAUGACUUAGGUCACCCUGCGCUUUAAGUGACAACAAACAGACACACAGGUGGGAAGGGUAUUUUUGUCCACACUUUGACACCACUUUUCAGACUACGAGAGAGGCCAGCUGCUUCAACAGGAGAGGAAGAAGAACAACAAUCUUGUUUAACAUACAUCAGCCUGGACUUUUUGUUCUUAUUAAUUUUAUGACGAUGCCUGUAUGUUUCUGCUUGAUAAGUUUGUGCUUUUUUUAUGAUUUAAUGCAACUUAUUGAAUAAGUUUAUCAGAAUAGUAAAGUUGAGCACUAUCAGAAGAACUUCCCUGCUCCUACUUCACUUAUAAGAGCUGCUUUUCAGGCAAAUUUAAGCUCUCCUCUGCACUCUUCUUGCACUCCUCACAUAGCUCUGCCAAGAGGAUUUAGAUAAGCUUGCUUCUCCAAGAACCUCUGACCAACUAUUAAGACUGUUCUUAUCUCUCCCCCAUUACUGCGGACGAGCUCAGUGGGAGGAAUUAACCCCUUUUCAAUUAAUUAUCAUGCUGUAAGUUUACACGUGGCUCUUGUUCCACAUGCAGAUAUCCAUCAUUAGAGAAAAGUAAUUUUUGACCACAAAUUAUUAGCGGGUGAUAGAUAUAUUUAAAACAAGCUGUUAGAUGUCAAAGAUCUAUUUGAAUGGAUUUAAAGAUUAAUCUAAUCUCAAAAUGUAUAUAGAUUAAAUAAGUAUUUAUUAUAAGUGGAAUCAGAGCCUUUACAUGAACGAGAUAUUCAAAUGAAUGAAGAUAUUUUUAAAUCUAGUGAGCGUAUUUUAUUAUGAAGAUAAGGUUCAUGAUAUAUUCCUCAUUUAUUUUUAUCUGUUAGUGGUUUGCAUGCUUUUGGUUUGGUUAUUUUGAGGCCUGUUCAUGCUGGUGUCCAGUCCACUACAGUCAUGCCUGUUUAAGUUCAAAGGGAAAUUAUCUUAUUUAUAUUGGUAUUAUAAAAGAGCUCUCUGCAGAUUCUUUUUACAACUUGCAGAGCAAAGAUGUUUUUUUGAUUAUAAAUGCUAAAAACACUGGAUUUCUGCUGUGUACUUUAAGUUAAAGGUCAUUAUAAUGUCCAAUCCUGCAGAGUGAUAUUCAAGUAUAAUGCAGACCAUUGCUGUUUCUAUUGAGGCUUUCAGUACUUGUGUAGACUGUCUUGAAAGGAGGGAUUUGUUGGGCCAUAUUGAUGUAAGCAGUAAAAUAUGACAGUGUUUGUAGUAAAACAUAAUUAUAAUACUUUAAGGUGCCAAAGACUGUUUAUCUGACCUGUGUUUUUUUGCAUGAGGAAAUGUCUCUGAGAUUAUUUACAUAAAAUGAUUCCUUGUCAUACUCUUAUCUGUUGUCAUCUAGCUACCUUUCUACUUCUUGUUACCUCAUAGGCUGGAGAUAUACUUGCUUUUUACCAUGCAUUUUUUUCUUCUUUCAGAUAUAUUUCUGGGCUUUUUUAUGCCUUCAUUUAGAGAGGAGGGUGUGGCUAGAGUUGGAAACAAAGUUGAGAUAAAGAGUGUAAUAUGCGGGAAAGGAGCAACAGGCCAGACUUGAAACUUGGCCGCCCGCGUACAUGUUGCAUGAUCUAACCACUUGUCCAUCUGUGCCCAAAGCAGUUCUUUAAAAAAACAUUUUAAACCUAUAGAUGAUGACAACCAUAGGUCUGUAAUUUACCAAAGUGAAAUUUCCACCCAUCAAUCCGUUUCCUUGCACUUAUUCUGGGCUGGGUCACAGCGGCAGCAGGCUAAGCAACCAAGACAUCUCUCUCCCAGGCGACUUUUUCCAGCUUUUCCCUCCAGGGAGUCCAAGGUCCAAACUGUGAAUUCAUGGUGCCACCUUGCAUCUUCAUGUCCAGUUGAAAAUUUUUUGUUUUUUUAAGUUCUUCAGAGCGUAGCCUCUGUAAAACAAUCAGAAAAGAACAUUCUGUGUUGCUGCAGUUUGUUUCACCCCUCUCAUUCCCUCUGCUGUGUGCUCCCAUCUCACCCAUGAUUGUCCAGCUAAUAAGAUUUUGGUUAGAUGAUAAUGAGAAACUAAACCAAGACACACUUGUGGCUAUUUCUGUUUGUAACACCUGCUGUAACAUGGACAUCUAGAAUCGGUUAAAGUCACCAGUUAACAUGUUGGCUAAUUAAACCGAUACACUGAGUGUUGUGUCCUUGUACAGAGGAAAUGUUAUAGAAAUUAUUAUUGAUUAUUGAUAUGUUAGUUCUGAUCUCAGAAUUAGUGACCUCAAGUGUUUCCAUGUUUGUAGUUUACAUCCCACACAUCGGAUAGCUGUAUACGGCCUCAGCUCUCGAAUGGUAUCUUCCAGCAAAUCAUGCCCCAUAUCCACAAGUAUAUUUACAAUAAUGCUCAUGAUGACACAGCAGGAUGCACACAUUAACACAAGGUUAAACAGCAGGUAUAUCUCCAGUCAUAGAACGCCGCCAAAAAUUCUCUUUAGUUAAAAACAGUCUGCUCAUGAAACUCAACACAAUAAUGUUAUUUUCUGUGCAGACAGAUGAAACCCCAGGUUAUUUCAGUAUUUGGCCUUCCAGAGUUACAAUGACAUCCUUAGCUGUUUGUGACCUCAUGCAUUUUAAUAUCUAUUUGAAUAAAGUAAAGUUGAAUAUGAAUAUAGAGGCAUAUAUAUAUAUGGUAUAUAUAUGCAUGUGGACUUUCUGCCCAUGUGCAAAGAAAAGCUUCAAGUGUCUGGCUUGGUAUUUGCAUAUCUUCUCAGAAGAGGCUAAUCUGCAUUUCAUGUCUUAUUUUCUCCAUUUUUUUUCUUCACACAUGAAUAUUAAUGUGGGACACAGAAAACUUUGAUGUCAGUGAAUCAGAAUAGACUGACUAAAUGAAAAAAACAGUGAAGUUUCACUUGCUCUAAGUUGCCGGCGUAACACUAAAUGUAUAAAAGUUUGUACUCUUUAAUAUAUCUGUUUGGAGACCUGCCUAUUUUCAUGACUGAACAGAUCAUCAUUUGUAAUAUGAGUGAUUUGAAUUUGAUGUUAUUUUUUAGUGAAUAAAUUCAGUUGUUUGU